UUUGCCCAUCACGAAACAGAUCAUCAUUCGCAGAAUCUCCGACACACAGCACAAAGUGCCUGUGAGAGAGGCUGAAGGCGAAGCAGAAAAUCCUGAAAUUCUCCGACAUGGGCAGGUCUCUUCUCUCCUCUACGGUCAUUCCCGUGAGAUUUCCACAGAUACCCAAAUCAAUCCCGCCAUUCAAUCGAUCAAUCCACCCAAUUCCGCCCACUUUCGCUCCAAAUUAUCAACGCAUUCGCGGGUUUUCUAUUCCCACAAAAACCUUUUGCACAAAGGCUGUAUUAUCUGAAUCUCCCAAUCCCAAACGCUACCCAAAAAUGGGUUCAGAUUCUGUUGGCCCAAUUCCGCCUUCUCAGCUCAUCCAAGUGGUCGAACAUGCUGCCAACACCGGUGCUCAGGUUGUGAUGGAAGCUGUUAAUAAGCCUCGGAAUGUUACCUAUAAAGGGCUCACCGACUUGGUGACUGACACAGAUAAAAUGAGUGAGGCUGCUAUCCUAGAAGUUGUAAGAAAAAACUUUGGAGAUCACCUCAUUCUUGGGGAGGAGGGAGGGCUCAUCGGAGAUACUUCUUCUGAUUAUCUCUGGUGUAUCGAUCCUUUAGAUGGAACAACAAAUUUUGCACACUGCUAUCCUAGCUUUGCAGUUUCUGUGGGAGUUCUGUUUCGAGGCAAACCAGCUGCUGCUGCUGUGGUGGAGUUUGUUGGGGGCCCCAUGUGUUGGAAUACCCGUAUAUUUUCUGCAACCACUGGUGGGGGAGCAUUUUGUAACGGGCAAAAGAUUCAUGCAAGCCAAACAGAUCUGGUAGAGCAAUCUCUUCUAGUGACUGGGUUUGGUUAUGAGCAUGAUGACGCAUGGGCUACCAACAUAGAUUUGUUUAAAGAGUUUACUGAUGUCAGCAGGGGUGUGCGCAGGCUUGGUGCUGCUGCAGUGGACAUGUGCCAUGUUGCUCUUGGGAUUGUAGAAGCGUAUUGGGAAUACCGUCUAAAACCAUGGGAUAUGGCUGCUGGCGUUUUGCAGAUAGUUGAAGAGGCUGGUGGGACAGUUACCUGCAUGGAUGGUGGCAAAUUUUGUGUAUUUGACAGAUCUGUUUUGGUAUCCAAUGGUGUGUUGCACUCAAAGCUUUUGGAGAGAAUUGGUCCUGCGACAGAAAAACUGAAGAAGAAAGGGAUUGAUUUCUCAUUGUGGUACAAGCCAGAAAAUUACAACACAGACUUUUGAAUUCCUAGGAAGUGUGCUUUCUUUGCUGGUUGUAUGAGAAAGAUCUCCUUGGCAAUCAGGAAAGAAAAUGGUGGCAGCAUCAAAUUUUUAUUCUUCUAAGUGAUCUAUCCCAGCUUUAUUUGUGAGUGAUAGAGAGAUGGAUAACCAUACUUCCUGCAAUACCCAAUAAUGCGGGAUGCUAGAAGGAACUGAUGAGCACCAUAGGCAAGUAAGAAAUGGUACACAAUUCAUCAUGCCUGUAUCAAUCUGAAACUUUAUUAAAGAAAAUUCUUUGAUAAAGAUGAAACAAGUUGCAACCUAUGACUAGGCUUGUCCAUCCGCUUUCCUACAGUGGUUUCUCAUGGAACACGUGGGCCUCAGACAAAGCCAUGACUGAGGCAUUCUUUGGAGUAAUCUUAGAGUGCGUUUGACAGCA